AUGGUAGCUUGGGCAGCUUUAGGCGCAAUGGGAACAAAAGCAUUAGCAUUUGGAGCAAAAGCACUUGGGGCUUAUGACGCAGUAAAUAAAAUGAGUGGAGGAAGAGUUUCGAAGACAUUAGAUGCAAAUAAAGGAAAGAUUGGAGGCUGGGUUGCAAAGAAGUUAAGAUUAAAUAAAAUAGGGCUCAUAAAUAAAGCAUCCAAUUUGGUUGCGACUGAGUCAGAAAAUGCUUUAGGAAAGGACGAUGAGUUUGCAAAACAUGCAAAAGACUUUAAUGACCAGAUGAAAGGUGAAACAAUGCAUUUAAAUAGAGUCGAUGGAACUAAAGAAAAUGUUUCUUCUCCACCAGUAGUU